AUGCCUCAUUUCAAGCCCCCUGAGCCGUUUGAUUUUUCGAAACCUCACGAGUGGCCCGAGUGGCGACAGCGUAUGCUACGAUACCGCACAGCCACCAAACUGAGCGCAGAGACCGGAGCAAUUCAAGUAAGUUCAUUAAUUUACGCUAUGGGACGCCAAGCUGAACAGAUAUUUAACACGUUCAUGUUCCCUGCUCCCGUCGAAGGUAACGAUCCUAGGGACAACUUUGACACUGUCUUAGAGAAUUUCGACGCUCACUUUGUCCCCAAGCGGAAUCUUAUCCACGAAAGAGCAAAAUUCCAUGCACGAGCACAAAACAGUGGGGAGACGAUAGAAGAAUAUGUUAGAGCCCUGUACGAACUUUCCGAACAUGCAGACUUUAAGGACCGAGAUGAAACCAUAAGGGAUAGACUCGUCCUAGGAGUACUGGACAAUGAACUGUCACAGCGCUUACAACUCGAGGCAACUCUUACUUUGAAAUCAGCCAUCGAAACAGCACGCCAUUUCGAACUCGUAAAGGGUCAGGUCAGUAGCCAACGUCAGCUAGGUGCAGCAGUCACAGUAGAUUCAGUGCGCUACGGCCAGAGAGGAUAUUCGUCGCCUGCUCACCCCAGGGGUAGAGACGGCCGAAGAACAGGUACACACUCACAACACAGAGGCAGCCAUGCAUCACCGUCAACUUUCUCUAACUGCGAUAACUGUGGAAGAGGUCAUGCCCAAAACAAUUGCCCAGCGCGCGGGAAAACUUGCAGGAAAUGCGGCAAGCGCAAUCACUUCGCAACAGUCUGUCGCAGCAGCAGCAGCCACAAUGUCAACGAAAUCACCGAAUCGGAAACUCCUUCGUUCUUUUUAGGUGCUGUUGACAGAGACUCGGACAGUAAUGUCGUUACCGAUGUAAACUUCGGCGAAGUUAGCGAGCCACCAUGGCGCGUUACACUGAACCUUGGAGGGAGAGCUACAUCCUUCAAGAUAGACACAGGGGCCGAUGUUUCGAUGAUGUCGAAGGCCGUCUACAACCGUCUCAGUCCUCGUCCAAAGCUGAAAACAACGUCUGCAGUUUUUCGCAGUCCUGGUGGAGUCAUAAGGAGCGUGGGAGAAUUUAUCGCAACUACGCUGCAUAACAAUCGCAACUUUGCGUUCCGUGUUUUCGUCCUUGACGACGACACAGACUGUCUUCUCAGUCGCGACGCCGCAGUUCGUCUGGGACUGAUUUCUCGAGACAGAAUAGACUCUGCCAACCUCGUGUUCGGCGAUGUGGGACCUAAACCUAUACGCUGCGAGCCAGUGAAAAUCAUCUUGAAAGAAGAUGCACAGCCAUACUCCGUGAACGUCGCACGUCGGAUUCCCAUUCCACUCAUGGACGAAGUCAAAGCUGAACUAGACCGUAUGGAGGCCGCAGGUGUCAUUGAGAAGAUCAGCGCUCCAACUGACUGGUGUGCACCCAUGGUCCCGGUCAGAAAAAGGUCUGGUAGUGUUAGAAUCUGCACAGAUCUGAAAAAGCUCAACCUAUCGGUGAAGCGUGAACGAUUCAUGCUGCCCACCAUAGACGACAUAUUGUACAAACUCAGCGGAUCAAACAAGUUCAGCAAGCUUGAUGCAACUUCAUCCUUUUGGCAGUUGGCACUGGACGACGACUCCGCGAAGCUGACCACUUUCAUUACCCCGUUCGGUCGGUACUUCUACAGACGUCUCUGUUUUGGAAUCACCUCUGCGCCUGAGAUAUUUCAGCGUACGAUGCAAGACAUUCUAGCAGGCAUAGACGGUGUAGAGUGCUUUAUGGACGACAUCCUCCUGCACACGGAUGGUCAGGAGAAACAUGAUAAGCUGAAGAAGAAAGUCUUCCAGCGGCUAAAGGAGCGUGGGGUCAGGUUGAACAAAUCCAAGUGCAAGUUUGACAAGGAUGAAAUCGAUUUUCUUGGCCACAUCAUCAGCGGGAAGGGUGUAAGGCCAGAUCCAUCCAAGGCCAGCGCCAUCACUGAGAUGCCAGAGCCAGAGAACAUUACAGACUUACGACGAGUGCUCGGCAUGGUGAACUAUUUGGGCAGGUUUGUGCCAAAUCUGUCAACAGUCAUGAAGCCGCUCACCGAUCUUCUGAAUCACGAUGCUGAGUGGGCCUGGACUCCAGCGCAGUCAUCUGCCUUCACUGAUGUCAAGAAGGUACUGUCGUCAGCUCCAACACUCGCCUUCUUUGAUAUGAGGAAGCCUGUCACUGUAAGCGCCGAUGCAAGCAGCUACGGACUGGGAGGAGUUCUCCUCCAGGAAGACCGGGGUGAUCUUCAGCCAGUGGCCUACUGUUCCAGAACUUUAUCUAGGGCGGAGAAGAACUACGCUCAGAUUGAAAAGGAACUGUUGGCGGCCACCUGGGUGUGCGAAAAGUUCGAUCGCUACCUCAUCGGUCUGCCGUCAUUCACACUGCUCACCGACCACAAGCCCAUUGUUCCCCUGAUCAACUCUAAAGAACUGAAUGAUGCACCUGUCCGCUGCCAACGGAUGCUGAUGAGGAUGAUGCGCUACAGCGGAAAGGCAGUAUACACCCAAGGGAAAAACAUGACUGUCGCAGACUCCUUGUCCCGAAGUCCAGUAGUGAGCACCGAGCCUGAAGAAUUUGGUGAAGAAAUCGAGGCUCAUGUCGCUACAAUCCAGAUGUCAUGGGAUGCCACAGAUAGCAAACUCGACGAAAUUAGAAACAAGUCUCAACAGGAUCCAGCGAUCAGUGCUGCGAUACAGUACACUAGAAGCGGUUGGCCGAAAUUCAUACAAAACGUCAAGUCCGAAGCUCGCGACCUCUACGCAGUUUCCAGUGAACUGAGCGAAGUCCAUGGACUACUCGUCAGAGGUAACCGCAUCGUAAUCCCCAAGGCAAUGCGAGGAGAGAUGCUCAGCAGAAUCCACGACGGUCACCUCGGUGUGUCGAAGUGUCGAGAACGGGCCAAAUCUUCCAUUUGGUGGCCUGGUCUCAGCUCCGAGAUACGGGAAGUCGUCUCAAGAUGCGACCAUUGCCAGCGGAAACGUCCAGCACAACCAAGCGAACCUCUAACCCCGACAGCUCUACCUGAGCGGCCGUUCCAGAUGGUUGGUGCUGACCUCUGCAACUACAAGGGACAUAACUACCUGGUACUCGUGGACUACUUUUCACGGUACUUGGAGGUGGCCUACAUGCCAGACACCACCUCAGAGACUGUCGUGUACAAACUGAAAAACGUCUUCGCUCGGUUUGGCAUUCCAGAACUACUGGUGACUGACAACGGUCCUCAGUUUGUGUCAGACCGUUUCCACAAGUUCGCCAAGGGCUGGGGAUUUAAACACACGACCAGCAGUCCUCAUUUUCCCCAGAGCAACAGCGGGUCGGAGAGAGCAGUCGAGGGAGCGAAGAAAGCCCUGAGUCAGGACGACCCAUUUCUCGCACUCCUGAUCUACAGGUCUACACCGGUGUCACCGACGGGGGCGAGCCCAGCGGAACUUGCUCUUGGGCGACGCCUGAGGACGACCCUGCCAACUCUACCGUCAAACCUGAACCAGCAGGUCUACGACAGGGCGAAGAUUGCAGCCAGAGACGCUGAGUCGAAGCGUAAGUACAAACAAGCUUUUGACAGACGUCACGGAGCUCAGAACCUCCCGGAGCUGAAUCCCGGUCAGCUCGUCCUGCAGAAACUGGAGAACGACAAGGAGUGGCGUGGCCCUGCGGUUGUCAAAGAACGGUGUGCACCGAGGUCUUACAUCAUACAGUCUGGGGAUAGGGCUUACUGCCGGAACAGCAAACACCUGAAGCCCUACGUCGACCCUCCUUCCAUGCCUUCUUCACCUGUUGCCACCCCAGAGCCUACUCCAAUGUCCGUUCCCUUACCUCCGCCACCAGCUGUCCAGCCGGUGGAGCCUGAUGUCACACCACCAUCAUCUCAGCCAGCAGCCGUUCCAGCCAGUUCAGCUCCAAUAACUACACGAAGUGGACGAGUGGUCAGGAGACCCGCUCGUUACCCGGACUGA